AUGUUUUCUUGGAAUCUUGUCCUCAACCAGUCUGGCCCCACUGAGUUUGUGUUCCAUGUGUUCACUGCUGUUCCUGAAUUCCAGGUCCUUCUCUUCCUUCUCUUCCUCCUCCUCUACCUGAUGAUCCUGUGUGGCAACACAGCCAUCAUCUGGGUGGUGUGCACAAAUAGCUCCCUCCGCACUCCAAUGUAUUUCUUCCUGUCCAGCCUGUCUUUUCUGGAGAUCUGCUACACCACCGUCGUGGUGCCCUUGAUGCUUUCCAACAUCUGGGGGUCUCAGACGCCCAUUCCACUGACUGGAUGCGGGGCCCAAAUGUUCUUCUUUGUCACCCUUGGCAGCACGGACUGCUUUCUGUUGGCAAUCAUGGCGUACGAUCGCUACGUGGCCAUCUGCCACCCCCUGCACUACACCCUCAUCAUGACGCAGAAGCUGUGCAUCCAGAUGGUGGCGGGUGCCGUGGGCCUGGCCCUCUUCCUCUCCCUGCAGCUUACCGCCUUAAUCUUCACCUUGCCCUUCUGUGGGCACCGCCGGGAAAUCAACCACUUCCUCUGUGAUGUGCCUCCAGUCUUGCGCCUGGCCUGUGCUGACAUCCGCGUGCACCAGGCUGUGCUCUACGUCGUGGGCAUCCUCGUUCUCACCGUCCCCUUCUUGCUUAUCUGUGUCUCCUACACGUUCAUCGCCUCCACCAUCCUGCGCAUUAGGUCAGCCGAGGGCCGCCGGCGGGCCUUCUCCACAUGCUCCUCCCACCUCACUGUGGUCUUGCUGCAGUAUGGCUGUUGCAGCCUGGUCUACCUUCGACCCCGGUCCAGCACCUCAGAGGAUGAGGAUCGACAAAUCGCCUUGGUCUACACCUUUGUCACCCCAUUACUCAACCCUUUGAUUUACACCCUUAGGAACAAGGAUGUCAAAGGUGCUCUGAAGAACGCCAUCAUCAGUAAAGCAGCCUCUGACACAAUUUGA